AGCUUCUCUCUCGAUCCCUCCCUUCUCUCUCAAGACUCCGGUGGAGCCGGGUUAUGGCCGGACCUCCUGCGCCGAUCUCCGACCACUACAACCUGUCUCACUCUCACUCUCCCUCUCGAUUCCUUCGUCUUCUUCGGCCGGUUUUCCGACAAACACAACCAACCACAACUCUGUUUUUGUCCAAUUGAACGGCCGGCCACCACCAUUUCGGUGGUGGCGUGCGGCGGCAUGUACACAAACGGGAGAGAGAGACGCGGCAGAGGAGAGAGACGCGGAGAGAGAAAGAGACGACGGAGAACGACGACGGCAGUGGCGCCGUCGUCUGCGACGGUGACGGAUCUGUUCUUGUUCGGGUCACGGCGCCGACAUCGGUUUAGUUCGAAUCCCGGUUCCAGUUCGGAUUCGUCUGAGUUUGGUUUUGCUUCUGUUCAAGCUUUGGGUUCGGUUGUUCCGGUUCAAGUACACGUUAUGGUUUAUUUGGUUCAAGUCCAGCUUUGGCUCAGGCUAUGUUCAGUCUUCAAUCAGGUGUCGAGUUUCAGUUCGACUCAAUACAACUCGAUACGACCCAAGUCAACUCGGUGUUCCUUUCAACUCAGUCAAACGAGGAUUGUGACAGAUGAAUCCAGUAGGAUUGCCUAGAAACGCAUUUAAACUUUAUUGCUCGUUGUUUUGUAAUUUACUUUCAAUCCUGUUGUAUUUUAUUUCCAACACGUGUAAUAACUCAUUAUCAAUGAAAUGAAAUUUAAUUAUUUGAAUA